UCUACCUAUUUAUAGUAUUUAUUAUUUUGAUUGGCAACACAUAUUUUACUUUGUAAUAUUUUGAUAUUAUGUUAUGAAAAUGAGAUGGAGAAAUGUAUUUAGAAUCUGGUUAUUUACCACUGGACCGCAUUCGACCCAAUGCAUCUUAAACUCAUAUUUGAAACAAUAUUAACAUUGAUCUACAUUAGUAAUAGAUUGAAUUCUAGUAAAAUGUAAAACUUUGACUUAGGCUACGGGCACGGGGCUACGCUAAGCGCGCCGCUAAGGCUAAGGCUAAGGGCUAAGUUAAAAAACACGACUGAGAGGAACAAAGAAUUUAAAAAAAAUGUCAAGUACAGAAGGAUUUCUUAAAAUUGUACCCAACCCGGAAGAGUUGUAUAUAUCCAACCGUAGAAACCAGAGUUCCGUGAAAUGCACAGAAAAUGGAUGUGGUUACAUAGCUGGCAAUCAUUCAUUGCUGGGCGUGCAUAGAGCUAAAACUCAUAAAUAUAAGAUUGUUCCUGAUGGUCUAAUUCAUCAUUUCCACUGCCCUGUUUCUGACUGCAUCUAUAAUUCCCAGUCACAAAGAUACUGCAAAAGCUUGGAGAUUCUGAGGACACACUACAUGAAGAUGCACUCUGAGAAGAAAUUUUCGUGUAAAAAAUGUGGCAAAAGUUUUGGGCUUGAGAGAGACUGUCAGCGCCAUGAAAAAGAAUGUGGUGACACUUUUACCUGCCCUGACUGUGAGAAAACGUAUACGAACAGAUCUGCACUCAUCCGUCACUGUGAUUGCAAUGGGCAUAGAAAACCAAACUCCCUCACAAGGAUUAAGCCUGUGAAAGAACAUGGCACAAAAAAACUUUCAGCAAAAGAUGAGAUACCUUGUGUCCCAGACAAGAAAAGUCCAGUGUUCAUUUUACCCAAACCUCAGGCAGUGACUCCCUCAGCACUCAAACAAAACAGUCUUGAAAUUCAAACAGAUACCUUGGGAGCUCAGAUUUUUAUCUCCAAGAUGUCGUCUGAGAGCUCAGUGUCGCAGGCCGUUCAAACAGUACAGCAGUUAACUAGGUCGGCUGGGAUCCAGACACAUUGGCACCACAACCUGGACCCCACGUCUAAAGUCAGGCGCAGACAGUCUAUAGCUCUACAGACAGUCAAGAUGGGGGGCACCUCUGCACAGACCCAGACGGGUGAAGCCCUUCUCCAACAAGCCAUGUCGCUAGCCAACAUUCCAAUUGUUAAAGUUUGCAAGGCCACACAAAAAUCUAGGCCAGCCAAAAGAAAACAUAAAUCCACAGAUAUUAACUCGACACAGUCACAGACCCUGGUCUCAGCCCACCUGGUCAAGAGAAAGCGCUCUCCUCACUCCGCUGACUACUGCAGCGUGGCAUCCAGCCAUGACAAGGCCAUGGUCACAGUGAUGGACUUUAUUCUUGAUGACUUCAUGGCCACCAUGUCCACUCAAACCAACUUGAGUUGUGUCAGUCACUCACCCUUCACAGCUACUGCAGUACCACAGCUACAAGACUGCCACACACAAACCCACUACCCAGAUCAACUUUCACAGCUACAAGACUGCCACACACAAACCCACUACCCAGAUCAACUUUCACAGCUACAAGACUGCCACACACAAACCCACUACCCAGAUCAACUUUCACAGCUACAAGACUGCCACACACAAACCCACUACCCAGAUCAACUUUCACAGCUACAAGACUGCCACACACAAACCCACUACCCAGAUCGUCUGUUAUUUCAAGUUCCUGAAUUCUCCAGCAUCACUUGUGAUCAAAACAUCCAAACCACAGAUGUAUAUUGUGAUCAUCUCCCCAUUCAACUCAGCCCAACACAGACUAACAGCCUCAGCACCAACCACACACAAACUAACAGCAUCAACAGCAACCACACACAGACUAACAGCAUCAGCAGCAACCACACACAAACUAACAGCAUCAGCAGCAACCACACACAUACCAACAGCAUCAGCAGCAACCACACACAUACCAACAGCAUCAGCACCAACCAUACACAGACCAACAGCAUCAGCAGCAACCACACACAGACCCAGGUAUCCUGGGUGGGGGUGAUGACAGACAUGCAGGAUCAGAGCACAACAUGUGAAGAUCUCUCAUCUGGACAGCUCCCCUUAAGCUCAACCUUUGACCUUUCCACCAUGAGUACACCUCAGCUAUCCGACUGCCAUGCAUCACUGGACACGGGUAAUUUACCUGCCUGUGGUGUUGAUGCAGGUAAGUUACCAGCUGAUGUAGGUAAAAGUCUGGAGGACCCAGAUCAAGCCCUGACUGAUUUGCUGAUGGAAGUGUUGACACAGACAGACGAGCCAGCCCUCUCUCUAAACAUGGACAAGCCUAAAGCUUGCCACAUCAGCUCCUCCUGUAUGGAAACUCAGACAUUUGAGAGCCUAGCAAUGGACUCAAUGACCCAGACAAUUGAAGAUUUUGUCUGGGACAUUGGCACCCAGACAGUGGAGGAUAUAGUCACGGACAUGAUGACCCAGACGGGAGAUGAGCUCUUGGAGUAUUUGACCAGCGACACACAGACCCAGACAUUGAACGAGUUUUGUGACCAGCUUCUGGCUGGGGAUCCAGUCUUGAACAUGCAAGGCACACAGACAGCUUCAUGUGUGGAGUCUGCACAAGCUGACCACGCCAGCACACAGACUUCAAGUUUCUUCAAUGCCAGGUGGAGUAGAGCUGAUGCAGAAGCUGAUCAUGCCAGCACACAGACUUCAAGUUUCUUCAAUGCCAGGUGUAGCAAUUCCUCGAGCAGCUCUGAAGAGGACAGUUUUUCUCCUUGGGGAAAAGUUCAUUCAAGUUACUGCGGCAUCACUGGCAGUGAAAAGAUUCUCUUCCUGGGUGAUGGUACAAGCCAGACGUGCCCAGACUUUUUAAAAGAAACUGAAAGUUCAGAAACUCAGACAGCAUUUGAUCCCCUGUUUUCAUACCUGGACUGUACAGACUUGCCUGGCUGUUCAGUAAAAACAGCUCGAAGCCUGGAGUCCUCACACACACAGACAGCAUUUGAUCCCAUGCUGUCCACCAUGCUGUCUGAGGACAGUAAACCCAGCCUGACUCAGACACAGACAGCCACAGAGACAGCACAGUGCCAGACACCAUGGGAUGAUUACCUCACCAUGGUGGAGAGCUCUGAGACUCAGACAAACACAGACCUCUUUGGGAGUGACUUCCCCUUGUCCCUAGACAUGGGGCCACAGCUAGGGAAAGAUUGGCCCUUGCUGGAUCUGAACUGUACAGACUCCUACACACAGACAAACCUGGACCAAAACACACAAACAUAACCUGGACCAAAACACACAGACAAACCUGGACCAAAACACACAAACAUAACCUGGACCACAACACCCAUCAGGACCAAAGCACAAACCACGAUCAAAACACAAAUACAGACCAAAACAUGCACAUAUAACCUUGAUGAAAACACAGACAUAACCUGGACCAAAACACAACCGUGGACCAAAACACGCAGACACUACCUCUUAUUUAAGUCUCAAAAAAUGCUACUUGUGAUAUUCGAAUAUUUAAAUUGGUUCUUAGCUCACAAUCUGUUGAGCUGACAUUUGGUCACACUCAGCUGGUGAGCUGACAUUUGGUCACACUCAGCUGGUGAGCUGACAUUUGGUCUCACUCAGCUGGUGAGCUGACAUUUGGUCUCACUCAGCUGGUGAGCUGACAUU